AUGGGGAGCGCCGAGUUGCUGCCACUCCCGUACUGGCAAGUCAACGUGCCCCCCUCCGAACGCACCGAUGAAUGUCCCGUCUUCCUCCGGGAUCUGAAGCCCACCGCGCUCAUAAACCACCCCCUUUCCAACCCAAUCUCCCAACCCCAACCCCUAACCCCAAACCCCAAAUCCAAAUCCACCAAAACAACCAAAAAAUCACGCUCACCUCCCCUCCCCCAAACAGAAGACAUCCUCAUCCUCUCCACCCCCGACUCCCAAUACCAGCGCCUCACCUGGCCCCAAGUCCAAUCCAUCACCGCCUCCAACGCCCUCGCCGCCUUCCAGCGCGUCCCGUCCGACCUCCGCCGCUACCUGGCCUACAGCCACGCCCUGCGGCAGACCCAUGGCAGCGUCAUGAACUUUGUGGUCCGCGAGCGCCUAGGCUGGGCCUUGCCCGUCGUGGCCGAGGGCGGCGGCGGCGGCGUCGCGCCGUUCGAGAGGGAGGGCGACGUGAAGAUCUUGUGGAAUGAUUGGCCGUACGGGGUUGAUGAGAGGAUUGUGCAUUUGUAG